AUGAUCUACGAACUGUGGGCGAGAAAAGAGCAGGAAGAGGAAGCGGAGCGGGAGGCGGCGUACGAAAGAGCGCUCGAGAAGGCAUUCGAGCGUCUAAAGCAACUAAAGCAACGGUUGAAACCCCUCACGGGCGAUUUCGUGACGCCCGCCGACCUUCGCACCAAGGUCGUCGACGCCAUCAAGGCGGCAACUGAGUCCAUCUUCGUCCUGGUCUACACACAAAUCGUUGAUGCCUUGUUGGCGGCACAUGACCGCGGCGUCAGAGUGUGGGUCAUUGUCGACCUCUCGCAAUGGAAGAAGACCCCACGGAUGCAACACGCGAUGACGCGCCUCACGCAGGGGUCAAUCUCCGUAUUCAACAGCCACCUCUUCGUCGCCGCCCUGGGCUCUUUCUCACUCUCCAUUAGAACUGAAGCGGGCCUCAUGCACCUCAAGGUCAUGGUCGUGGAUUGCUUCCUGGUUGUCAAGGGGUCGUACAACUACACCUGGGCAGCCAGCGAGAUCCACCACGAAGAACUCGACAUCAGCUGCAAACCAGCGCGCGCCAACAGCUGGACUGAAAAGUUCGGUGAGCUAUGGCAGCUUUCCCGCGCGCCAGCGUAG